AUGAACAUUGAUGCUGGCACGAUGAGGCCGCAGGAACAUGGAGAAGUCUAUGUCCUGAACGAUGGCGGGGAGGUCGACCUCGAUCUCGGAAACUAUGAACGUUAUCUUGACGUGACACUGUCGCGUGAUAACAACAUUACGACUGGCAAGAUCUACAGCCAGGUCAUUGAGAAAGAGAGGCGCGGUGACUAUCUUGGAAAGACCGUCCAAGUAAGUCUUAUUGUCCCCCAUGUUACGAAUGCCAUUCAAGACUGGGUAGAGCGCGUCGCGAAGAUUCCUGUCGACGACACGGAUGAAGAGCCGGAUGUCUGCAUCGUCGAACUCGGCGGAACCGUCGGUGACAUCGAAUCCGCCCCGUUCGUUGAGGCCAUGCGGCAGUUCCAGUUCCGCGUCGGCCACGAGAACUUUGCCCUUAUUCACGUGUCUCUCGUCCCCGAUAUGCACGGCGAACAGAAGACGAAACCGACACAGACCACAGUGCACGCCCUGCGCGGACUUGGACUCCUGCCCGACCUCAUCGCGUGCCGUCUCAUCGUCCAGAAGCCGCUCGAGCCCGCGACAAAGGAGAAGAUCUCCAUGUUCUGCCACGUCUCCGCCGAGCAGGUCAUCGGCGUCCAUGAUGUCGCGUCGGUGUACCAUGUACCGCUGCUCCUGCAGUCCCAGGGCAUCGUCCAGUUCAUGCAGAAGCGCCUUAACCUGACGAGCCUGAAGCUCACGAAGGAGAUGACCGACCGUGGGCACAACCUCGAGCGUCGGUGGAGAGAGAUGACCUCUCGCCAAGAACGCGUCUUCGACGAGGUCACUAUCGCGCUGGUCGGCAAGUAUACUGACCUCAUGGACUCUUAUAUGUCCGUUACAAAGGCCCUCGAGCAUUCGGCGUUCCGCUGCCAUAGAAGACUAACCCUCAAGUGGGUAAACUCCUCAGAUCUUGAGCCCGAGGCCCAAGUAUCAAACCCCGCGCGGUAUCAUGAUGCCUGGAAGGCUGUCGUCUCUGCUGGCGGUAUCCUUGUUCCCGGCGGGUUCGGCACGCGAGGAACCGAAGGCAUGAUGCUCGCGAUCAAGUGGGCGCGCGAGCAGAAGGUGCCGUUCUUCGGUAUCUGCCUCGGCUUCCAGCUCGCCGUCGUUGAGUGGGCGCGCAAUGUCUGCGGCAUUCCUGACGCGCUGUCGAGCGAGUCCGACGAGCACGCCGCGUCCCCCGUCGUCAUCUUCAUGCCCGAGAUCUCGCGGACGCACAUGGGCGGCACGAUGCGCCUCGGCCUGCGCCCGACCGUCUUCGAGCCCGGCACCGAGCGCUGGAGCAGGGUGCGCAGGCUCUACGGCGGCGCGGAGAAGAUCUGGGAGCGCCACCGGCACCGGUACGAGGUCAACCCGGCGUACAUAGCCCGCCUUGCCGAGAGCGGGCUCGCGUUCGUCGGCAAGGACGAGAAGGGCGAGCGCAUGCAGGUGCUCGAGCUGCCAGAUCACCCGUACUUUGUCGGCCUCCAGGCGCACCCCGAGUUUUGCACGCGCCCGCUCAACCCGUCUCCGCCCUUCCUCGGGUUCGUCGCCGCCGCCUCCGGCCUCAAGGUACUCGAAGAGCAGCUCGAGCUACAACUCAAGACCUUCAAGCCACCCCACCCCGUGCAUGCGAUGGUGAGCGAGGCCGAGCUGCGCAACACCGAGCCGACGGCGCGCGGCAAGGAGGUCGUGAUGUCGAGCGACCAGUGAAAUCUUUGGAAACUUGUCUUAGACGUAGUAUAGCCCGCGUGUAUCAUUUUAUUUCAACCCUGCACAGGCCUUUUUUGCAUAGAUGGCGUUCUAAUUGGCCUGCGAGAGGCAUCAGCCCAAAGCGAGUUGACAACGAGAGAAUUACAGGACGGAAAGCAUGCUAAGAUAAAACAUCUACAAUAUAGGUGAUACUGAGAGUAGGGGUGGUGGCGGUAG